AACUCGGGAACGGGAGCAGGAGGCCAUUGGAAAACUUUGGGCAAGAUGGCCCGGCGGUGAUUUCCGUGCCCGUGUCUCCUGCGCCCGGCCUCUGCGCCGCAGGCCCAGCCCCCAAGCCUCGCACGUGCUGCAGCCCCGGCCCGGCCCCGGCUCAUGCUGCCCAUGGCGGUGGCCGAGCUGUACACACAGUACAACAGGGUCUGGAUUCCCGAUCCUGAAGAAGUUUGGAAGUCUGCUGAAAUAGCCACGGACUACAGAGUUGGUGACAAGGUCCUGCGACUCCUGCUGGAGGAUGGAACGGAGCUGGAUUAUUCCGUCAAUCCAGAAUCUCUGCCUCCACUUCGGAAUCCUGACAUCCUCGUAGGCGAGAAUGACCUCACGGCUCUCAGCUACCUCCAUGAGCCCGCGGUGCUCCACAACCUCAGGAUCCGCUUUGCAGAAUCCAAACUCAUUUACACCUACAGUGGAAUCAUUUUGGUGGCCAUGAAUCCUUACAAGCAGUUGCCAAUAUACGGAGAUGCCAUCAUCCAUGCCUACAGCGGGCAGAACAUGGGUGAUAUGGACCCACACAUAUUUGCUGUGGCAGAAGAGGCAUACAAGCAGAUGGCCAGAAGCAACAGAAACCAGUCCAUAAUUGUAAGUGGAGAGUCGGGCGCUGGAAAGACAGUGUCAGCUCGCUAUGCCAUGAGGUACUUCGCCACUGUCAGCAAAUCGGGCAGCAACGCUCACGUGGAGGACAAGGUCCUGGCAUCCAAUCCCAUCACCGAGGCCGUCGGAAAUGCCAAGACCACCCGCAAUGACAAUAGUAGUCGGUUUGGGAAAUACACAGAAAUCAGUUUUGAUGAACAAAAUCAAAUUAUAGGAGCCAACAUGAGAACUUACCUCCUGGAGAAAUCCAGAGUUGUCUUUCAAUCGGAAAAUGAACGAAAUUACCACAUUUUCUAUCAGCUUUGUGCAUCUGCACAGCAGUCGGAAUUUAAACAUCUUAAAUUGGGGAGUGCCGAAGAAUUUAAUUAUACGAGAAUGGGAGGCAAUACUGUCAUUGAGGGUGUGAAUGAUCAAGCUGAAAUGGUAGAGACUCAAAAGACCUUCACACUACUGGGUUUCAAGGAGGAUUUUCAGAUGGAUGUUUUUAAAAUCCUGGCAGCCAUCCUACAUCUGGGCAACGUGCAGAUCACCGCGGUGGGCAACGAGAGGUCCUCAGUUAGUGAGGAUGACAGUCACCUGAAGGUGUUCUGUGAGCUCCUGGGCCUGGAGAGUGGCAGAGUUGCUCAGUGGCUGUGCAAUCGCAAAAUCGUCACAAGCUCUGAGACGGUGGUAAAACCUAUGACCAGGCCUCAGGCUGUCAACGCCAGGGAUGCACUGGCCAAAAAGAUCUAUGCUCACCUGUUCGACUUCAUUGUGGAGAGAAUUAACCAAGCGUUGCAGUUUUCAGGCAAGCAGCACACUUUUAUUGGUGUUUUGGACAUUUAUGGUUUUGAAACCUUCGAUGUGAACAGCUUUGAACAAUUUUGCAUCAAUUACGCUAAUGAAAAACUGCAACAACAGUUUAACAUGCAUGUCUUCAAACUGGAACAAGAAGAAUACAUGAAGGAAGAUAUCCCUUGGACGCUGAUAGAUUUCUAUGACAAUCAACCGGUUAUUGACCUGAUUGAAGCAAAAAUGGGAAUUCUGGAGUUACUGGAUGAAGAAUGUUUGUUGCCACAUGGAACUGAUGAAAACUGGCUUCAAAAGCUGUAUAAUAAUUUUGUCAACAAGAACCCUUUGUUUGAAAAGCCUAGAAUGUCGAACACAUCCUUUGUCAUCCAGCACUUUGCUGAUAAGAUGCUGGCCCGGACCAGGACAGCUCUAUAUUUGCCACCUUUGCCUGUCUGUCCUAGUGGCUCACACCACCAUUCUGGAAGAAUUUGUACAACAAUCCAGGUAGAGUAUAAAUGUGAAGGUUUCCUGGAGAAAAACAGAGACACCGUCUAUGACAUGCUGGUUGAAAUCCUGAGAGCAAGCAAGUUUCAUCUCUGUGCCAACUUUUUUCAAGAAAAUCCAGCUUCUCCUUCUCCUUUUGGUUCAAUGAUUACAGUUAAAUCUGCAAAGGAAGUCAUCAAGCCAAACAGCAAGCAUUUCCGGACCACAGUUGGGAGCAAGUUCCGCAGCUCUCUGUACUUGCUCAUGGAGACCCUCAAUGCGACAACGCCCCACUAUGUUCGAUGCAUCAAGCCAAAUGAUGAGAAGUUACCCUUCGAAUUUGACUCCAAAAGAAUUGUUCAGCAGCUGCGAGCCUGCGGUGUUUUAGAAACGAUUCGCAUUAGUGCACAGAGCUACCCUUCCAGGUGGACAUACAUCGAGUUCUACAGUCGAUACGGCAUUCUCAUGACCAAGCAAGAGCUUUCGUUCAGCGAUAAAAAGGAGGUGUGCAAGGCGGUUUUACACAGACUCAUUCAGGAUUCUAAUCAGUACCAGUUUGGUAAAACCAAAAUUUUCUUCAGAGCAGGACAAGUGGCUUAUUUAGAGAAACUUCGAUUGGAUAAACUGAGGCAGAGUUGUGUUGUGAUACAAAAGCACAUUCGUGGCUGGCUCCACAGGAAAAAAUUCCUCCGGGAGAGACGAGCCGCCCUGAUAAUCCAGCAGUACUUCCGGGGUCAGCAAACUGUGAGGAAAGCUAUUACUGCAGUGGCCUUAAAAGAAGCCUGGGCAGCCAUAAUCAUUCAGAAGCACUGCCGCGGGUAUCUUGUUCGCAAUCUGUAUCAGCUGAUUCGCGUGGCCACCAUCACCAUCCAGGCCUACACCCGAGGAUUCCUGGCAAGGAGGAGGUAUCGAAAGAUGCUGGAGGAACACAAGGCUGUGAUCCUGCAGAAAUACGCACGGGCGUGGCUGGCCAGACGCAGAUUCCAGAGUAUCCGACGAUUCGUGCUCAAUAUUCAGCUUACUUACAGGGUCCAGCGUUUGCAGAAAAAGCUGGAAGAUCAGAACAAAGAAAACCAUGGGCUGGUGGAGAAGCUGACCAGCCUGGCUGCUCUUCGAGCUGGGGAUGUGGAAAAGAUUCAGAAGCUGGAAGUAGAACUAGAAAGAGCAGCCGCCCACAGGCGAAAUUAUGAGGAGAAGGGGAAGAGAUACAGGGAUGCCGUGGAAGAGAAGUUGGCAAAGCUUCAAAAGCAUAAUUCAGAACUGGAAACACAGAAAGACCAAAUACAGCUGAAGCUCCAAGAGAAGACUGAAGAGUUGAAAGAAAAAAUGGACAACCUCACCAAGCAGCUCUUUGAUGAUGUACAAAAGGAAGAACGGCAAAGAAUGCUUCUUGAAAAAAGUUUUGAACUGAAAACACAAGACUAUGAGAAGCAGAUUCAGUCUUUGAAAGAACAAAUUAAAGCUCUCAAGGAUGAGAAGACGCAACUCCAACAACUGGUAGAGGAGGAGCACGUCACUUCUGAUGGCUUGAAGGCAGAAGUGGCCCGCCUGAGCAAGCAGGCCAAGACAAUCUCUGAGUUCGAAAAAGAGAUACAGCUACUUCAGGCACAGAAGAUAGAUGUGGAGAAACAUGUGCAGUCACAAAAACGGGAAAUGAGAGAAAAGAUGUCAGAGAUCACCAAACAACUUCUCGAAAGCUAUGACAUUGAAGAUGUAAGAAGCAGGCUCUCUGUGGAAGAUUUGGAACAUUUAAAUGAGGAUGGAGAACUUUGGUUUGCUUAUGAAGGACUGAAGAAAGCAACACGUGUUUUGGAGAGCCAUUUCCAGUCUCAGAAGGAGUGCUAUGAAAAGGAGAUUGAAGCUUUGAAUUUCAAAGUGGUGCAUCUAAGUCAAGAAAUCAACCACCUGCAAAAGUUAUUCAGAGAAGAAAAUGACAUCAAUGAAAGCAUCCGUCUUGAAGUGACCAGGCUAACAUCAGAGAAUAUGAUGAUCCCAGACUUUAAACAGCAAAUCUCAGAAUUGGAGAAGCAGAAGCAAGAUCUUGAAAUCCGCCUGAAUGAACAAACUGAGAAAAUGAAAGGAAAACUAGAAGAAUUGUCUAAUCAGUUAAAUCGCAGUCAGAAGGAGGAAGGAACACAAAGAAAGGCCAUGGAAGCCCAGAAUGAAAUACAUGCCAAAGAGAAGGAGAAGCUGAUUGAUAAGAUUCAAGAAAUGCAGGAGGCCAGUGACCACUUGAAGAAACAAUUUGAAACUGAAAGUGAAGUCAAGAGUAACUUCUGGCAGGAAGCAUCUCGGCUCAUUUUGGAAAACAGGGAUCUUGAAGAAGAAUUAGACAUGAAGGACAGAGUGAUUAAAAAGCUACAAGAUCAAGUCAAGACACUAAGCAAGACAACUGGAAAAGCCAGUGAUGUGCACUCGUCCUCAGGACCUAAGGAGUACCUUGGAAUGCUGCAAUACAAAAGAGAAGACGAGGCCAAGCUCAUUCAGAACCUCAUUCUUGACUUGAAGCCCCGUGGCGUGGUGGUGAACAUGAUCCCCGGGCUGCCGGCUCAUAUCCUGUUCAUGUGUGUGCGCUACGCAGACUCUCUGAAUGAUGCCAACAUGCUGAAGUCCCUCAUGAACAGCACCAUUAAUGGCAUCAAGCAGGUGGUUAAGGAACAUUUAGAAGACUUUGAAAUGCUGUCCUUUUGGCUUUCCAACACUUGCCAUUUUCUCAAUUGCCUGAAGCAGUACAGCGGAGAAGAGGAAUUCAUGAAGCAUAAUAGUCCACAUCAGAAUAAGAAUUGCUUGAACAAUUUUGACCUUUCAGAAUACAGACAGAUUCUCAGUGAUGUGGCUAUACGAAUAUAUCAUCAAUUUAUUAUCAUAAUGGAAAAGAAUAUCCAACCAAUAAUAGUGCCAGGCAUGCUGGAGUACGAGAGCCUGCAGGGCAUUUCCGGCCUGAAGCCCACAGGCUUCCGGAAGCGCUCCUCCAGCAUAGACGACACGGACGCCUACACCAUGACCUCCGUCCUGCAACAGCUGAGCUACUUCUACACCACCAUGUGCCAGAACGGCCUGGACCCCGAGCUCGUGAGGCAGGCGGUGAAGCAGCUCUUCUUCUUGAUCGGAGCGGUCACGCUGAACAGCCUCUUCCUGCGUAAGGACAUGUGCUCCUGCAGAAAAGGGAUGCAGAUCAGGUGCAAUAUCAGCUACUUAGAAGAAUGGCUUAAAGAUAAGAAUUUGCAGAACAGCUUAGCAAAGGAAACUUUGGAGCCCCUCUCUCAGGCAGCCUGGUUGCUUCAGGUCAAGAAGACCACAGACAGUGAUGCUAAGGAGAUCUACGAACGCUGCACCUCACUGUCUGCUGUACAGAUCAUAAAGAUCCUUAAUUCAUACACGCCUAUAGAUGACUUUGAGAAGAGAGUGACUCCAUCCUUUGUUCGCAAAGUACAGGCUCUCCUAAAUAGCCGCGAGGAUUCAUCACAGCUGAUGUUGGAUACCAAAUAUCUCUUUCAAGUCACAUUUCCUUUUACCCCCUCUCCACAUGCUCUGGAAAUGAUUCAGAUCCCCAGCAGUUUCAAGCUAGGCUUUCUGAAUAGGUUAUAGCAGGAGAAAAAGGCAAUGCAUUUUUUCCUCAAAAGCUAAGUGAAGAUUCAAUAUGAGGGAUGUGGUUUAUUAAUUGGCAAUGGAAAUUGGAAUGUGAUUUAAGGAAGAAAAUAGACUUUUCUCAAAUGGACCACAUCAUCUCUCACUCACAGUGACAGUGCUGCUGCUGUAAUUUUGUAAGAAUUCACAUACACCAGCUGUCGUUGGAAAAGCCAUGUCUCACUCUCAAAUCUCAGCUGGUUUUGACUGAAAUUCCUGGAGGGCUCAUAUUUUCUUCCACGUGCCUCUUGAUCUGUUCUGUCUGUGGCAGGGCUCUACCAGGAGGGAGUGAGAUCUGGGGACACAGUGGCUUCCAAGUUUUCUAAGGUUCAUGUGAAGCCUGAGUACAUUUACAAAGCUGCAAGUGGAUUCCAGGGCUCAGUCUUCCAGGAAAUAAUCCCAUUUGGCCACCAUGGCCUGCCAAGAGCUCUCUUGCCCCAUGCCUGCUGGGGACGGAAGGUUUUCAUGAACUCGUUUUACUGAAAAUGCCCUGCAUUUAGAAAUGUUUAUUUUAGAAAAAUUAGCCAGGCAUGAUGGCGGGCGCCUGUAGUCCCAGGUACU